UUUGGCGUGCGGCGGAGGGAUCUGGCGGAGGGAGGUGUUUAUGAGGCGCUGGGGGCGGAGGAGGAGAAUUAGUCCGAGUGGAGCGAGCGAGCCGAGUGGUUGUGUAGUCGAGUCCCGGAGACCGGUAGCGCUUGCAGCAUGGCUGACCAACUGACUGAAGAGCAGAUUGCAGAAUUCAAAGAAGCUUUUUCACUAUUUGACAAGGAUGGUGAUGGAACUAUAACAACAAAGGAGUUGGGAACUGUAAUGAGGUCUCUUGGGCAGAAUCCCACAGAAGCAGAGUUACAGGACAUGAUUAAUGAGGUGGAUGCUGAUGGUAAUGGCACAAUUGACUUCCCGGAAUUUCUGACAAUGAUGGCAAGAAAAAUGAAAGACACAGACAGUGAAGAAGAAAUUAGAGAAGCAUUCCGUGUGUUUGAUAAGGAUAAAAAGAUAUCAGGACCUCUUAAUCUGUGA